AGACUAUUUUGCAAGGAGUCUUUUUAGUCAGCCCUCUGUCCUCCCCAACGCAGGUUUGGAGCUGGAACAAGUAGUGGCUGGACUUUGGCAACUCCAGCUUGGAGAGAUAAGGGACACCACGGAACCACCGUCCUGUCAAUAGCCCACAGUAAGUCCAUAAGCCCCAUUUAUUCCUCCCCUACCCCGCAGACCAUGGUCAAGAGUGUCGCAGUGGUUGGAGCUGGGGUGAGUGGCCUGUCCUCCCUCAAGUGCUGUCUGGAUGAGGGUCUGGAGCCCACCUGCUUCGAGAGGAGCGAUGACAUUGGGGGGCUCUGGAGGUUCACAGAAACCGCCGGAGAUGGGAAGACCAGGGCCUAUAGGUCUGUGAUGACCAACACUUCAAAGGAGAUGUCCUGUUACAGUGACUUCCCCUUUCAGGAAGAGUAUUCCAACUACAUGAAUCAAGCCAAAUUUUGGGAAUAUCUGCGCACGUACACCGAGCACUUUGACCUGUUGAAAUACAUACGCUUCAGGACCACAGUGUGCAGUGUAAUGAAACACCCUGACUUCGUUACCACCGGCCAAUGGGUGGUGGUCACUGAGUCUGAGGGGAACCGGGAAACAACCGUCUUUGAUGCGGUCAUGAUUUGCACUGGCCUUUUCCUCAAUGCUUUUUUGCCCUUGGAAUCUUUUCCUGGCAUCAAGAAGUUUCAAGGCCAGGUCCUGCACAGCCAGGAAUACAGGACCCCGGAAGACUUCCGUGGGAAACGAAUCCUGGUGAUCGGCACUGGGAACACCGGUGGGGACGUUGCAGUGGAACUUGGCCGAACGGCAGCUCGGGUAUUUCUCAGUACCCGAAGUGGCACCUGGGUCAUCAGCCGGCUUUCUGACGAUGGAUAUCCUUUAGACCUGAUCAACACGACUAGAUUUCGUCACCUAAUUAGAUGGCUCCUGCCUUCAGCCAUUUGGAGUAGGAUGGUGGAGAAGCGGUUGAAUAAAUGGUUUAACCAUGAAAACUAUGGAUUACACGUUUGCAAAGGGUGGAGACAAAAGCCAAUAGUGAAUGAUGAGCUGCCAAGCAGCAUCCUCUGUGGGACUGUCACUGUGAAAGUCAAAGUGAAGGAAUUUACAGAAACCUCUGCUGUCUUCGAAGAUGGGACGGUUGAAGACGUUGACGUUGUCCUCUUCGCUACAGGAUACACUUCCUCUUUUCCGUUCCUUGAAGAACCAACUCGGAGUAUCUGCAGGAAGAAAAUCUUCCUGCACAAAUGUGUCUUCCCCUCAAAUCUGGAGAAGUCAACACUGGCUGUCAUUGGCCACAUUCACCUUUCGGGAUCCAUCUUAACAGCAACAGAACUCCAGGCUCGCUGGGUGACCAGAGUUUUCAAAGGUCUGUGUGAAAUACCACCUUCGAGCACACUGAUGGCCAGUGCCGCCAAGAAGGAGCAGCUAAUCAAACAGGGUGUUCUUCAGGAUUCUAACAUCGAGAAAAUGGACUACAUCACCUACAUGGACGAGCUCGCCAGGAGCCUAGGAGUGAAGCCCAAUAUCCUGCUCUUAUUCUUGAAGGAUCCCAAGCUGGGGCUAAAAGUUUUCUUUGGGCCUUGCAGCCCUUACCAGUACCGCCUGACCGGGCCGGGGAAGUGGGACGGAGCCAGAAAGGCCAUCCUGACCCUAUGGGACCGUGUUCUCAAACCCUUGCAAACUCGAUUGGUGCUGGAGCCCGCAAGGCCUCCCUCGACCUCAAAUUGUCUCAAGGUCUGGGGUCCCCCUGUUUUGCUUGCUGCCACUGCCGGGCUGCUUGUUUGUAAAUUUUCAUCUCUCCUGGGUAUCUCCUGGAUCGGCCUAAAGGAAAAGUCGUCUGCUUUCUUGGUGAGCAUGAUGAGAUGGUGAAUUCGACUGGAAAAUGGAGUUUCCACCCAAGAUGUGUAUAUGGUAUGGAGGGCUUUGAUUGGAUUUCCCUCGGUUCCCAAACUUAAAUUCAUUUCAAUCUGUCCCAUUUCAGUCAUUUUAGCAGAAGAACCUGGGACUGAAAGAUCUACUGGUGGCAAAAAAUUGAAAAAGUCUAACGACAGUUCCUCAACUUCAAAGUACUGGAUUUGAAAGAUUGUCUUCCUCUCUGGUCGGCCUGAGGAUUCACUGUCAUCCGGGCAUGAACCCCAGCAAAACUCAAUCCCAGAAUCUCUCUGCCAGCCCCACCCAGCACAUAAUGCUGUUCUGUCUUCUGAGAUGACCAUGAGGAACCUAGA